AUGGGACUGCAACAAUCAACAAGGCAUUACACUUCUCAGCAUACCAGGCAAGGUUCUCGCUCACAUCCUUCUGAGACUUAUCAGAGACCACUUGCUGACUCCACAGCAAUCUGGAUUUACUCCUCGAAAGUCCACAAUAUUCAAUAUCCUGGUGCUUUGAGUCAAUGUAGAUUCCUGGCCAAGAAGAGCAUCGCCGUACUGGAGCAACCUCCCUAUUUCAUCGACCUGGCUUCAUGUCGUUUUUCCUCUUCCCAAGCUCAAGGGGGUCAUCAAGGGCUCCAUUUUGAAGUUGUGAACUACAUCAAAAAGGCCAUGAUGACAACUGUGGAGGAUCCCGGAAGAAUCCUUCCAGGAGUGCAUGGAAGCACGGCAGAGAAUGAUGAGAAAGCAGGUACGGUUGAGCUGAGACCUCCCGCUGCAGCUGGUGUACAGGACGCAAGGGGAUACUACACUAACUUAAAAAACACCUUUUCCUGCCCACACUGCCCGUAUCUCACCCCGAAAAAGCAGCACCUGAAAGUCCAUCUGCUCAUCCACACCGGCGAAAAACCUUACGCGUGUCAAUUUUGCAGUUUUAAGUGCGCGCGGUCGGGGGUUUUGAGGAAUCACGUCCGGAGACAUACUGGAGAGAAGCCUUAUGUUUGUCCUCACUGUCCCUAUCGCUCGGUGCAGCUCAGUACUAUGAAGAAGCAUGUUAGGAUUAUACACUCGUCUAAUUAG